ACCCUGCUCAUGUACACAGUGUGUUAACAGAGAACAUUCACAGUCACACUUCUCUGUAGAACGAGUAACACUCUUCUAACAUUCCUGAGCUCACGUCAUUACUAACAUCUUAAAGGCAUCAGAAAACUCACAGACGGAUAAAAAGUGCAGUGUUUCGUUCUUUAUUCUUACAGAGAUGGCAACCUGGAUGAUUGUGCUGUUUGUGUCAAUGUCUGGAAGCCUCUCUCUUUCUGAACGAGAACCAGAAUAUUUCAGUCCACGGAGCUGCAAAGAGCUGAUGCUCAGAUAUAAGACGAAUGAAGAUGGACUUUAUUACCUGACCACGGCGAGCGGUGUGGUGUAUCAGACCUACUGUGAUAUGACCACAGCAGGAGGAGGAUGGACUUUGGUGGCCAGUGUUCACGAGAACAACAUGUAUGGGAAAUGCACCACCGGAGAUCGCUGGUCCAGUCAGCAGGGUAACAGUCCGAACGUACCUGAAGGAGACGGCUCGUGGAGUAACACCGUCACAUUCGGCACUGCAGAAGCCGCAACCAGCGACGACUUUAAGAAUCCUGGGUAUUAUGACAUCACAGCGAAGGACGUAGCAGUGUGGCACGUUCCUAAUAACGAACAAGUGAACCGCUGGAAACUAACAUCGUUCCUGCGCUACCACACGGACACCCAAUUCCUCAACAGCUACAAAGGAAACCUCUACAAUCUCUUCAAGCAAUUCCCAGUGAAAUACAACAUAGGAAGUUGUCCUGAUAACCACGGCCCCUCUAUUCCCGUAGUGUAUGAUGUUGGAGACGCCACAUCCAACCACAACCUGUUUGGACCCAACCCCAGAGCGAGAAGCAAGCCUGGAUUCAUCACAUUCCGACCGAUAAAUACAGAAAGGGCGGCGAUGGCGAUCUGUUUGGGAGUCAAACCAACAGACUGCAACACAGAACACCUUCCCGGGUCUCACUCGGUUAAAGCCGCCUUCACACUGCACACGACAAACCACGCCGAUAAACAGGAAGUCAUUCAUUUCCUAUGGAGAGUCACAAAGGCGCUGUGUGAGUCCUGUAUAGGAGGAGGUGGAUAUUUUCAUGAAGCAUCUCCAAGGCAGUGUGGUGAUUUUACCAGCCUAGACUGGGAUGGUUACGGUACUCACACCGGCUGGAGCGCCAGUAAACAGUUGAUCGAGGCGGCGGUGCUCAUCUUCUACCGCUGAGACACUGAACAUAUAUCAGACCUUCAGGAACCUAUCAGAAUUCUGUUAAACAAAUUACAGUUUAACCAAAUAAAUGAUUUUCAACUCUG